ACAAGUGUAAUCAAAUCAUUUUUUGUUGCUAUCAAAAACGACAUUCACUAUCGACCGAGCAUGAAACCGAUACUGAGGCUGUCCAUUCGAAGAGACCGAGAUUAGCGAGUGAUGCGUUCUGAUAUUUCAUGACAUUCUAGCAGCGGCGUGAGUAGGAAAUGCCGCUGCAAUCCAGGCCUGUGUGAUGAAUGAAAACAGAGAAUGAAUGAAAAGCAAGACAAUUGUGUAGUUUGUUUGCGGUUUUUUCAUGGGUUAUCACAACAACAACAAAAUGUGUUUGUGUUUAGUUGUUUUUCUUUUUGCAAAACUGUAAUGGCAGCAUAGGAUGAUGGAGACGCGACACACUUUCGAUAGACAGUCAGUCACUAUUUGAUGACAUCAAGGGACACGUUGAUGUGCAGUCUGUCCCAUGAGUGAGCCACCAUGACUGCCCUUAGGCAGAGGAAGGGCAGCAAAGGAAGUAAGGAGCCUGGUCCAGAGGUCCUGAACCAGAGGUUCUACCCUUCAGCAGAGCCCCUAGAGACGACUUCAGACGGCGUAUGGACAUGGAGGACAGUGCUGUGGGUUGCCAUAGGUUGGACUGUGGGAAUUAGUCUUGGCAUGCUGUCCUGCAUCUAUGUGGCUACUCUCCAUGAAAAUGACCUGUGGUUUUCCAACAUUAAGGAAGUUGAGCGUGAAAUCUCCUUUCGGACAGAAUGUGGCCUGUACUACUCGUACUAUAAACAGAUGUUGAGAGCUCCCUCCAUACAGCAAGGUCUUUCAGAGCUCAUCAAUGAUAACGCCACUGAAUCCAAGAGAACCAUCAACCUCCUGCGACGCAUGAACAUCUAUCAGGAGGUGUUCCUAGGUGUUCUCUAUAGGAUUCUACCCAUACAGGCCUACCUGGAGCCAGUGUAUUUCUAUAUCUACACAGUGUUUUCCCUCCAAGCGGUGUAUGUCAUAGCCCUGUUCAUCACCAGCUGGCUGCUCAGUGGUUCCUGGCUAGCAGGAGCUCUCACUGGAGUCUGGUACAUCCUCAACAGAGUGGACACAACGCGGGUGGAGUUCACCAUCUCGCUCAGGGAAAACUGGUCCCUGCCCUUCUUCGCCCUCCAGAUAGCUGCCAUCACUUGCUACCUGAGGCCUCACCUCAAACCCAUCCAGCAGAAGGUGGUGUUGUGGCUGAUGUUCCUGGCCACGUUGUGUUUCUGCCUCACCUGGCAGUUUAAUCAGUUCAUCCUGCUGGUUCAGGCUCUCAUCAUCUUCACCCUGGACUGUCUGGACCUCAUCUCCACAGAACAGGUGACCUGCCUGUACCUAGUCCAGGUAAGCAGCCUGCUCUCCGUGUGGCUGCUGCAGUUCUGUAACUCCAUGAUCCUAGGCUCUCUGGCUCUCAGCUUUAUUGUGGCCGCUCUCUUUGUCAAGCACUUCCAGAGAGGGCUGAAGACUGGUGGUCUCACAGUGCGGCUGGGAAAGCUGCUCCUUCACACCGUCCUCGUCCUUGCACUAACAUUCACUAUUAAUUAUUUAGCCAAGCAAGCGUUGCAGCUCCGAUCUGACGAACACAUCUUUAAAUUCAUCAAGUCCAAAUUUGGCUUGGGGCCUACCAGAGAUUUCGAUGCCAGUCUGUACCUGUGUGAGGAAGCCUUUGGGCUGCUUCCCUUGGACACGUUUGACCGCUUGGCUGGCACUCUGCUGGCAUACCCUUACCUCGUCACCCUGAUUGUGCUCCUGGUGAUGCUGGCACUGGUAACACUGGCCAACCUCUGUGAUUCUUCAGUGGUCGGGCGGCCGCCGAAAGGCCGGUUCGAGGAGCGGCCGAUCUGUAUGCGGGCAGAUGUCGCCUACAAUCUGUUACACACCGUCUUCUUCGGCCUCCUGGCGCUCAGCACCAUGAGAAUGAAAUAUCUGUGGACUGGCCAUAUGUGUGCCUUUGCUGCCUAUGGCGUGUGUGGCAAGGAGCUGUGGUCCCUCUGCCUAAACACGAUCCACUGUAACACUAAAACAAAGCUGAGGCUGAUCAGGUACACGGUUCCACUUGCCAUUCUGGGAUUUUUAUGUUACAAGUUCUUGCCCAAACUGAUGACGGAAGUAUCAGAACUGAGAGAAUUCUACGACCCUGACACCGUUGAGCUGAUGACCUGGAUUAGCUCAAAUACCCCCAAGAAGGCAGUGUUUGCUGGGAGCAUGCAGCUGCUGGCUGGGAUCAAACUGUGCACAGGGAGAGUCCUGACUAACCACCCACACUAUGAAGACCGAGCCCUGAGAGAGAGGACCAGACAGGUGUAUCAGAUCUACGCCCGGCAAUCCCCGGAGGAGGUCCACAGGAUCCUGCGCGCGGCGGGGGCUGAUUUCGUGGUGAUGGAGGACAGCGUCUGCUACGAGAGGAGGCAUGGCCGGGGCUGCAGGCUCCGAGACCUGCUGGACCUGGCCAACGGACACAUCAUGGAUGGCCCCGGGGACAACGACCCAGACUUGGUCCACGCCUCCCAUCCUCGCUUCUGUGAGUCCGUCAAGACAGGCGGCCCUGCCUACACAGCCCUCUUCUCCCGCGUGUUCCAAAACAAGACCUUCCACGUCUACAAGCUGAAGAAGGGCAAGAAGAGAGCCAAGGCAGACAGAGAGCCGGUGGCCAUGGAGGAUAAAACCCAGUAAUAAGACCCUGGGUUACCCCAUAAACAACGCCUCACCCACCCAUAUCCAGCCCGCCGCCCAGUCUCCGACUCAGCCUCCUGCUCCCUGCCAAGUCGAUAACCUGAUGACUGCUCUCAGCUCUAUGGUCUACCCGACUUCAUCUGGAACCACGGCUGCACUCUCCCACCCGCCGCCCUCCCUCCCUCCUUCCAUCCCUCCGUGCGCCACGGCAGCCCGAGGCAGGUAAUCACGUCCGGCUGACACGGCGCUGAUUUGAGCAGCGUCUGAUUGCGGCGGGCGAGCAGAUGAGCACAUGCAUAUCAAACCAGGGCUUUGUGUCAGGAAGCUCAUGUUUAAACAGGAGAGGAGGGAUGACGGCGCAUCACAACAACAUUCACGGCUCCCUCUCGCUUUCACCCAGACUAAAGGCAGAGCAGAGAAGAAAGAGGAGAGGGACCUUUGAGAGGGGGCUGAUUGAAAGCUAGAGCAGCGUGGGUAAUUAUUGCGAAGGCCAGUCUGGUCUCUUUGGUGGCCGGGUCUGCAGCCUGACUGCACAGCUGCACCCUGUGCCAUUUUCCUUCAUUUUAAUUUUAAAAACCGUGCCAUGUCUCGUCUCCACUUGUUAAUGAGGACUCCUCUUUCGAUACUCUCUCACUCAAACACAAGGUUCUGCAUACGUUGUCAGUUGCGGUGCAUCAAGGGGAAGUGGCAUUCUCAUUGUAAUGCAUAACAGUCAUACCACUGUGAAGAGGAUUUGCUUGUUCAUUCCGUUGCAUUGAAAUUGGAUGUUUAAUUUAGUUGGCUGACAACCUUUUUUGACGAGGGAGAAGUCAUUCCAUUAUGUUUUCCUAAUAAGUGCAUACUAAUGUAAUGUUGAGCAUUGACAUAGUUCAUUUUCAUAUUUAUUAAUAAUUCAGUUUAGAUGCAUUGGUCAUUUAAAGCAACAGUAUUUUAAUGGAAAUUAAAUGAGAAAAUGUUUAUUAACUGUGUGUAUUCCCUCAACUCAACACCCCAGAAUCAUACAGUAUUCUGUAGAAGGACUGCAUUGUGGGUAAACCAUGACCACUGGUCAAUGUUGAAUUAGGUGAAUGGUUGACAUAUUCAUGGUCACUGGUCUAUGGCUAACAUACAAAUCCAAGUAUUUAGAUUUUUUUUCACAUGUUGGUGCAUUACAACAUGUUGGUUCAUUACAACAUGUUGGUGCAUUACAACAUGUUGGUGCAUUACAACAUGGGAUUGAAAUAGAUUUGUAAUUUUCUGUCAUUGAUUUACUUUUUUAAAUUCCGAUUUUAAUAAAAAAUUAAAUAACUAAAAUAUAGUUGUUGCACAAGUAUUCACCCCCCAUCCCCUUUGUUUAGGCAGGCCUAAAUUAGUUCAGGAGUAACAUUUGGCUUAACAAAUCACUUAAGUUACAUGGACUCAGUAAGAAAUAAUAGUAGUUGACGUGAUUUUGAAUGACUACCCCUUCCUCUGUCCCCCCUACAUACAACAUCUGUAAGGUCCCUCAGUCAAGUAUUGAAUUUCAAGCACCGAUUCAACUACAAAGACCAGAGGGGUGUACUACAAAGAAAGCUACAGUAGAUCUACUUAGGGUUUUCUAGAGCUAGCCAGCUUCAGUUACUUUCCCAUUCCAGCUCAGGCUUCCAUCCGACCUACGAUGGGGGAUAUUGCUCGUCCGUCUGCCGUCUAACUCGAGCAGUUAAUGUCGCACGUGGCUAGUCAAAACACCAGACUUUUCAUUGAGAUUGCGUUUGUAUGUCGCACGUGGCUAGUCAAAACACCAGACUUUUCAUUGAGACUGCGUUUGUAUGUCGCACGUGGCUAGUCAAAACACCAGACUUUUCAUUGAGACUGCGUUUGUAUGUCGCACGUGGCUAGUCAAAACACCAGACUUUUCAUUGAGACUGCGUUUGUAUGUCGCAUGUGGCUAGUCAAAACACCAGACUUUUCAUUGAGACAAUUCUGAAACAUCAAUCCAUGGGAAAGUCAGUGUCACAUUUUCAUUUGUGCCGAAAUCAAAUUGAAAGAAAAGUUAUCUAGCAAAUUCAGCAGGCUUUCUUGUGAAAUAGACUUUUAGAAGUGCUGUCUGUAUUUUAUUACUUGGGUGUGGUUAUUAACACACAAAUACCUUUUCCCCCACUCCUAUUGAUAAAAUAAUUGUAUUAAGUCAUAAAUGUUUUACUGUGCGUGAUGUUUCAAAUGCAUUUGUCAAUACUACAUUUGUAAUGUAAUAGGUAUUUUAAUAUGGUCCCACUUUAUUUGGAUAGUCCCAUCUGCAGAUCCUCUACAGAUGGUCAUACUGUCAAUAUGCUAUCAAGGUCAUACUAUCUGUUGUUAAGCAACUGUGGUUACGGUUUGGUUAGGGUUAUGUUACGGUUAGGGUAAGGGCUAGGGUUAGUAGAUCAUUUAAAUGUUACAGCUGCUCUAGAGACACCCCCCCAAUUAUUUAAAAAAAUAAAUAAUAAUAAUAAUCCAAAACUAUAGUAAUACUGCAACAACAAAAAUACAUGUCAAAGGAAUACACUUUCUGGCCUAAAUGCAAAGCCUUAUGUUUGAGGCAAAUUCAACACAAAACAUCACUGAGUAACUGUACAGUAUCCUUAUUUGCAUCAUGUUAUGGGUAUGCUUGAGACUGGGGAGUUUUUCAGGAUAAAAAUAAAUAGGAUGGAGCUAAGCACACGCAAAAUCCUAGAGGAC